UUGUCCAGGGGCAGGAAGAUAGUUUCUAGCGUUUCUCUAUUAUCUGAGCCGGUUUUAAGGAAGAUUCGGCGUUUUGUCGACCCUACAACCACAGAAACACACAGAAAUGGCUGAGAGAAGCUGUGAGAUUCCUGUGGACAAACUGCCAACAGACAAACCCUACAAAUGUGACCAGUGCAACUUUUCUACUUCGUGGAAAAGCCAUUUAUCCGAACACAUGGCUAAACACACUGGAGACAAACGCUACACGUGUGGGGAGUGUGGAUACAGGACAGCUUACAGGUCUAGCCUAUUCAAACAUAUGAAGACCCAUUCAGGUGAGAAACCCUACAAGUGUGACCAGUGUGACUUUUCUGCUGUACGAAAAAGCGGUUUAGACCAACACAUCAUGGCAAAACACAUGGGAGGCAAACCCUACAUGUGUGGGGAGUGUGGACACAGGACAGCUUACAGGUCUGUUAUAACUCGACAUAUGAGAACCCAUACUGGUGAGAAACCCUACAAGUGUGACCAGUGUGACUUUUCUGCUGCACAGAAAGGGCAUUUAGACAUGCACAUGGCUAAACACACAGGAGACAGACCCUACAAAUGUGACCAGUGUGACUAUUCUGCUGUACGGAAAGCUGAUUUAAACAAUCACAUGGCUAAACACACUGGAGAAAAACCAUAUAGAUGUGACCUGUGCAACUAUUCUACUGCACAGAAAGUGCAUUUAGCCGAACACAUCUUGGCUAAACACACAGGAGACAAACCCUACAUGUGUGGGGAGUGUGGAUACAGGACAGCUUACAGGUCUGCUCUAGCCCAACACAUGUGGACCCAUACUGGUGAGAAACCCCACAAAUGUGACCAGUGCAACUUUGCUGCUGCACAGAAAGGCCAAUUGAACCGACACAUGGCGAAACAUUCUGUAGACAAACCCUACAAAUGUCACCAGUGCAAUUAUUCUACUAAAUGGAAAGCCGAUUUAAAGCAACACAUGGUUAAACACACUGGAGACAAACCCUACAAAUGUGACCAGUGCGACUAUUCUACAGCACGGAAAAGUGAUUUAAACCGACACAUGGCUACACACACUGGGGAAAAACCCUACAUGUGUGAUGAGUGUGGAUACCGGACAGCUUACAGGUCUGCUCUAACCCUACACAUGAGGACCCAUACUGAUGAGAAACCAUAGAAAUGUAAUCAGUGAGACUAUUUUACUGAACAAAUGAAGUAGCUAAACAUACCGGAGCCAAACUGUGUAAAUGUUUGGGGAGUGUGGACGCAGGACAGCUUUUAGUCCUAACCUAUCAGCACACACAAUACCCCUGCUGUACUUGGUGGCAGUGAGUUUCACAAUGUUAUACUAUAUAGUUCAAAAGGACUCUCUUGGCUUGGCUUCGUUUCCGAAGAUUUAUAUAGUUUAUUUAUAUAGUUAUAUAGUUCAAAUAACUCUUAAUUAGAUAACUAUGUACUAGGUAUUUGUACUUAGUAGUUGCACCAGCUUAUUAGCAAUUUUGUAU